CGCUGCCUUCUCCUCGGCCCCCUCCCCCAUCCCCUAGUCGUCGGCUCGUGAAAUCGGAUCUGCUCCUCUUUGACCCGUUCCACCAUCGUGCCCCGGGAGGCGGAGAAGAACAACACGCACAGGGCGGAGCCGGAGGAGGAGGAAAAGGAGAAGAGAAGGGAAGGGAAAGGGGAAAAAGGAAAAGACAACAUGUGGGUGUUCUAUUUGAUAUCGCUGCCGCUCACCUUGGGGAUGGUAACGAUAACCUUGCGCUACUUCGCGGGGCCGGACGUGCCUCGUUACGUGAUCCUCACCGUCGGAUACGCCUGGUUCUGCUCCCUCUCCAUUAUCAUCCUCGUCCCCGCCGACAUCUGGACCACAAUUACCCAACAUUAUAAUGGAGGCAUUGCUUUCUUUUGGAGUUGGUCAUAUUGGAGUACAUUUUUGCUAACAUGGGCUGUGGUUCCUACUAUUCAGGGUUAUGAAGAUGCUGGCGAUUUCACGGUUAAAGAAAGACUUAAGACAAGCCUGCAUGUGAACUUGGUCUUUUAUAUAGUUGUUGGAUCUAUAGGCCUUUUUGGGCUUAUUUUGCUCAUCGUCAUGCACAAAGUUUGGAGUGGUGGUAUUGUGGGCUUUGCUAUGGCUUGUUCAAAUACAUUUGGGCUUGUGACUGGUGCAUUUCUUCUCGGUUUUGGUCUUAGUGAAAUCCCAAAAAGCAUCUGGAGGAAUGCAGAUUGGACUUACCGCCAGAAAGUUCUCUCUCACAGGGUUGCAAAAAUGGCUGUAAAACUUGACAACGCUCAUCAAGAAUUUUCAAAUGCAAUUGUGGUUACACAAGCUACCUCCAAUCAGAUGUCAAAGCGUGAUUCUUUAAGACCCUACAUGGAUGUUAUUGAUAAAAUGUUACUUCAAAUGCUAAAGGAAGAUCCUUCUUUCAAGCCAUCAGGCGGUAGACUGGGAGAAAACGAUAUGGAUUAUGAUACGGAUGAUAAGACGAUGGCUGCACUUAGACGUCAGCUUAGGAAAGCUCGAGAGGAGUACUACAGAUACAAAAGUGAAUAUAUGACUUAUGUGGUGGAAGCACUUGAGCUUGAAGAUACGAUCAAAAAUUAUGAACGCCGUGAUUCAAAUGGAUGGAAGUACAUCUCAAGUUUUAGAGAAAGCAGAACGGGCACACUAGGAUCCUCUCUUGAUAUUGUUGAGUUACUAUGGCGCUGUAUAUUGAGGAAGCAACUGCAGAAAAUCUUGGCAGUGACACUUGGUUGCAUGUCAGUUGCUAUCCUGUUGGCUGAGGCUACCUUAUUACCAAGUGGGGUUGACCUAUCCCUCUUCUCCAUUCUCAUAAAUGCUGUGGGAAAGCAAGAGGUGCUAGUCCAGAUAGCUGCUUUUGUUCCUGUCAUGUACAUGUGCAUUUGCACAUAUUAUUCACUAUUCAAGAUUGGAAUGCUAAUGUUCUAUUCAUUCACUCCAAGACAAACAAGCUCAGUGAGCUUGCUUAUGAUAUGCUCAAUGGUAGCGCGUUAUGCACCUCCGAUUUCUUACAAUUUUCUAAAUCUUAUUCGUCUUGGUUCCAAUGCAAAAACAAUAUUUGAAAGGAGAAUGGGGAAUAUCGAUGAUGCGGUCCCUUUCUUUGGAAAAGGGUUUAACAAAAUCUAUCCACUUAUCAUGGUUGUUUACACCCUGCUGGUAGCCAGCAAUUUCUUUGACCGAAUGGUUGACUUUUUUGGAAGUUGGAAAAGGCUCAAGUUCCAAAGUGAGGAAAAGGAUAUGGAUGGGUUCAAUCCUUCUGGCAUUAUAAUCCUGCAAAAGGAAAGGUCUUGGCUUGAACAGGGGCGCAAAGUUGGUGAGCAAGUUGUGCCAUUAGCAAGAAAUUUUAAUGGUACAGAUGUCGAUGUCGAGUCAGGCAGUUCACCACCAGGCAAGGAGGUUUUGGAGGUGAAAGCAGCAUCGGUCCUACCGAAGGAGAACAGUAACGGGAUUCCACCUAAACCUCCAAAACAAGAUAAGCGGAAAGACACUACCAGCCAUGAAGCUAUCGUGAACAAGUAUGCAAUGAUAAGGGAACAGCAAGUGAAGAAACCGGCCAGCCCUGCAUUGAAGGAAAAGGCCACAUCCUCAGCUUCUGUGUCUUUGCUUGAGGCAGGCAACUCCCAGAGGCAGUCCGAUGGCCCAGCAGUGGGUACCACCUCAGGAUUAACUUCCACAUGGGCAUCAAUGAAGAAUGGUUUUCAGAACUUCAAAACUAAUUUGGGAGCAAAGAAAUUCUUUCCAUUGCGCCAAGUUCAGGAGACUCCACUCCAUUCUCGUGGCUCUUCUUCUGAAUCCUUGGAUGAAAUUUUCCAAAAGUUGAAGCAACGUCCAAGUAAAAAUCAAGAUGGGGAUUUCGAUUUUGAUUUCGACGACAACGAUAUGGGCAUAACAGAUAUGCGCUCUACCAGAUAGCUCCUGGCCUAUUCAUGAAGUAAAGCAGAACAAAAGGAGCUCAGCCAGAGAAAGUCUUGUUGUAUGAAUCAAGCAAGUGUAUAGACUGGACAGCCAGUCUGCGAUGAAGUCAAUUUUUCUUCUCUUUUUUGGAGUCAAUCCCUAUAGUUCUCGGGAAGCCUCCAAUAAUAUAUGUAGCAAAAGGUCUAUACGUGUUCGGUUGAACCACCAAACUAGUUGGACUCGGAAAGAUAGCGAAAGGUCACAGUUGGUCUCAUAGGGUUCACCUAUCAUUUCUAACAUGUACAUUCACAUGAUUUGUAUGUUUGCUUUCGUGGAGAGUGCAAUUUAACUAGUUUUCCAUGA